CAUUUGUGGCUUUAAAAGCGUCGAAAUUGAGAAUUGUUGCUACAAUUUGAAUGAUUGCCUCCCAAACUAGUGACUGUGGACGCCAUGGUUUGGGAGGUGGUGACCCCCAAACAUCAGGGUGUGAAGGUUGACUCAGAGCCUCAAAGUGAACACACAGAAGUGAUGAUGGAUGCAGAUGAAGGCUUGCUCUGCUGCGAGGAACGCUUCUCCUCCUCGCCUAGCUUUCCCACUAGUGACAGUUACAUGGAAUACGAUGACCUCCCAGACCUGCAGGAGGUCCAGGAAGAGGUGGAGCAAACAGCACCACCAGUCUAUCAGGUAGAGGUGGGUGUGUCUCACCUUGAGCAAAGCUCCCACGCCCAGCCGCCUGACACUCACUGGCUGACGCAGCUGGCUCACAUCGCUACUGGACCCCAGAGCCCACUGCUGCAGGAGUCACCUCACAGCAGCUCCUCAUGCGUCUGCAUCUCCAGCACCAGCAGUAAUCUACAUUCCUACGCCCGGCCUCCUCUCUCUCCUCCCAGCAGCACAGCAUCGCCCCCCAGAGGUCAUGCUAGGGAGCGCCGACGCAGCAGGAAGAGCAGUGAAUGUGGUUCUGCUGUGUCGACGAGAUCCUCCUUGUCAGACGAUGAAGACAUGGGCUGGAGCUUCUCCUGGCCUCCUACAGUCUGGCACUGCUUCCUUAAAGGCACUCAGCUUCGCUUCCACAAUGGCUCUAAUGUGGAGUGGCAGGACAUCGAGGACUUGGACUCUGCUGAGGAUGAGGACUCUGGUGAUGAGCAGCGAUCCAGAUCUCUGAAGAGUUAUGGUUCUGAGGGUCUGCAGCUGGUGGAGCAUUCGGAGAUCGUGGUGUCGGGUCAGGCCAUCCUGCAACUGACGUUUGACCCCGGGGCGUUCGGACAGUCCCCUUUGACAGCCCGUUGCCAACUGGACCACCCUUUCUACGUGAAAAACAAAGGGUGGUCUUCAUUUUACCCAAGCCUGACCGUGGUGCAUCAUGGGAUACCGUGCUAUGAAAUGGAGGUGGGAGGUGUGUGCCUCCCUCCAGGACACAGAGAUGCCAAACACACUGACGACUCGCUGGUCUUUGACACGUUCAGGAGUUAUGACUUCACUCCUCUGGACUCCUCUGCCGUUUACGUGUUGAGCAGUAUGGCCAGACGGCGGCGCACCUCCCAGUCCAGUGGGGGAGCUGUUUCUCCAGACAGACACGCAUCACAAGAGGCCCACAGUCCUGGUCCCACCCACUCACCUCAUCAGAAGCUAACCAAAAACCAGCAGCAUGACAGCAAAGCAGGAAGUGCCACGCCCACUAAGUGCAAGCGACCAAUGAACGCCUUCAUGCUGUUUGCCAAGAAGUUCAGGGUGGAGUACACGCAGAUGUACCCUGGAAAAGACAACAGAGCCAUCAGCGUCCUCCUCGGUGAGCGGUGGAAGAAAAUGAGAAGUGAAGAGCGUCGAGCGUUCACCGUACAGGCCAAAGCCCUCGCAGACGAGCAGAAGAGACUCAAUCCAGACUGCUGGAAACGCAAACGAACCACCUCUGGUUGUCAAGGAAAUUAAGACUGCAGACGAGAAGAGCUAUUUUGUAAACAUCAAAUCAGCCUUAAUCUCCAAGAUUAUGCAGCAGCUCCUAAUACUCGCUUGUCUUUUUCUAGCUUUCCAAAGGUGCUAAAGUUACUUAUAAGAGAGGUAUAAAUCAGUUUCUUCUAUAGUUAGGCUGACAUAACGCUGGACACAUUUUAAUCAGACAAAAUAAAAGAUAACAACUCAGCCAGGUUGGGAGACCACAUGCCUGCAAUCACGAUUUCACAGAGGUGAUUUUACAGAUCUCACAGAAACCUAAGUGAUCAAACGUGACUUUAGAACAGAAAAGCAAAUAUAGGACAUUGUCAAGAAGAGAGGAAGAAUUUGGGUCAAAUCCAAAAUUGGGCCUAAAUCGUCUAGUGUGUAACCAGCAGUAACUUCAUUUUGAACCUGACAUUAAGGCUGUAGAGCAAGGCUGCGUCUCCCUCCAGGAAAACCAAAAACUCUGCGUUUAAUCCAUGACAGGAGCCCUCCUCCUUGAGUGAUUUUUCAAUAUGUGACAUUAAAAUAAGAGAGAUUCUGAUUGUUUUCAGUUUCUCAUCAUAUGCUUGAAACAGGUGGAAGUUGUGGUGCUGUAGCAUGUAGGAUAAUGUAGCUAAUUUCCCAAAAAUAUAUAUUAUAUAAAAAUACAUCAUAUUUUUGCCUGUAUUACUUGCAUUUGCACAGUGUAUUGCACAAAACUAGAAUAUUUAACUUGGCUUUCAUGUAAUUUAUCAUGUUUUAUUUAGUUAGUAGUCAUAUUUUAGUUUUAUUUGCUUCUAAUAGAAAUAUUAUCUUAAUUACAAAUAUAGAGCAGGUCAGCAAAGAAAAACGUAACUUCCGUGAAAGGCUUUUAUUUAAAAGAAAAUACAAGUGUUAAGUUUCCCUUUCAGUUGCUCCAGCUUUAAGCAGUUAUUCUGUUUUCCCCUUGACCUUUACUUAUUUUAUGCCUCUUACAUCAGAAAUUAAUUGAUAUUUAACUCCACAACAUACAGGAUAUUGUAGAGUAUGUCAAAGAAAACUGAUUAAAGCACACAGUAGGAUGACACAACUACUAGCAGAAAAUAUAUUACUUUAUAAAAGUGAACAUGUUAUUGCCUUUAAAUUUUAAUUUCUUAGUGUGCCAUAUUAAAUAUUUAGCAUUACAGUGCCUAUAAAAAGUAUUCACCCUCUUGAAUGUUUUAGCCUUUUAUCAAUCAUGGCCAAUACAGUUUGGCUUUUUGAGGUCUGUGCUUUGACUGAGCCACUCCAGAAC